AUUUGCGGCCCUUCAAGCAGCCAAGCAAAAAAUAGUAGAAUAUCAGCCAGUUUUAAAAUCUGAUAAUCCAUUUUUGGAACUUUUAACGAACCAAAAGGAGAGAAAAAUCUUCCAUGAUGAAGACCAAAAACCAAACUUGCUCCCAGAA